UGCUCACCCUUCUCUUCUCUCCCCCUUUCUUGACCACUCCUCUUUGGCUUGGCUCACUCCUCUCUUUGGCGACUGUCUCUCUUCCUCUCUUCACCACUAAGGCUUUUUGUUCUCUCCAAUUACUCCAUCGACACAGACCACAGGAAGAUUGCUGCUCUUGGAAGAUCUUGUUUGCUUUUGGAAGAAGCUGAAGCAAUAGCAGAAGCAGAAGAACAACGACACAGAACUCACAUUGACUGAGGAUAUGGCCCCUAAGAAUGUUGAUGGUGAGGAAAAAGUACAAUGGCCUUCCAAACAUGAGGAGUUUUUUAUACAUAUAUUGCAUGAUCAUGUGAAGAAGGGUGACUUGCAAGCAUCAACCUUUAAAACGAAAGUUUGGUCUGAAAUAAGCGAGGAGUUGUUAGCAAAAUGUGGAAAAAAAUGCACUGUUAAGCAACUUAAGUCUAAGUUUAAUAGGUUGCGAAUUGCACAUCGUGAGUUCUCGGAUCUAAUUGAGCAUACUGGAUUUGGGUGGGAUCCUAUUGCUAACACAGUCACUGCCUCAGAGGAUGUUUGGGCUAGUUAUAUUAAGAGUAAACCAAGAGCGAAGCAAUAUCGCACUCAAGGUUUAGUGCACUAUCAACUUUUAGGGGAGAUAUUCAACACCACUACUGCAACCGGUCAGUUGCGUUAUGCCUCUAAUCAACUUCCUCCUAACUCAGAUGAGGAGCGUGAGUUAGAGAACAAUUUCCUUAACACUAGUGUUCACAUUGAUGUUGACUUGGAUGAUGAUGGUGUUAACUUGGAAAUUGAUCAUGGUAAAGGAAAAAGAAAGUGUGUAACUGCUACCCCACCCGAGCGUCGUCCAAAGAAAUGGGAUAAAAUGGAAUCCUAUUUGGAGGUUUGCAGUGAAGUUAUGAGUCAAAGAUUACAAUCACUUCAAAAGGAAAAGAGUGUUGAGGCAUCUAGCACCUCCAAGGAGAUGUAUUCUAUUGAAGAAUGCAUCGGACUUGUUGAAGAAAUGGGGGACAUUGAAAAUGAUACAUUCAACAAGAUGCUAGAAAAAAUUGUGCUUGUUGAAUGGAGAAAAAUAUUUAUUACAAUGUCGGAUGCGAGGAGGAGAGCUUGGUUAGCUAGUCUUUAGGAAUACUAGUAUGAUUGUGGUUUCUCUUUAGUUGAGAUUAUGAAUUUAUUUUAUAUGUUA